AUGGGUGUUAGUUCAGAUUUUGGAAGUGUUUUCAUGGAAAUGCUGAACUGCAAUGUGUGUACCAAAAAUGCUUCACUCUAUGUGUGGUCUGCAUGUUUCUUUGAGUUGAAAGGGAGGCUCCAUGAUGCCCUCACAAUCUAUCACCUUGGUAUUUCCAGGAAUGCAGAGCCAAUUGAGUGGUUGAAGAAGGCACAGGCAUUAUGUCACCAGAGAAUAUCUGAAACUUGGAAGGCGUCUGAAAGGCAGAAGAUUGAUUAUAAGGGAUCCACAGAGUUGGGAAACAUUGGCAUUAAUCCAUGGGAUUCCUCCAUUUUGGAAGACCUGAUGAAGAAGAUAAAUCCUACAAUUAAAAAAUUUUAUGGGUAUCACUUGAGCACUAAAUCUUAUACAGGGAAAGUGGCCUUAUCUACUUUGAAGAAUGCAUCAAGGAACAAAGUUAUAGAGAUAGGCGGGAGGAAGUACCAUAUCAAAGGUUGCGCUGGACAAGGUGGUUUUGCUCAAGUAUACAAGGCCUUUGUCAACAGUGAUCCAAAUGAUGUUGUUGCGCUAAAGAUACAAAAGCCAGCUUUCCCUUGGGAAUUUUACAUGUAUCGUCAGCUUGAUAUGCGGAUCACUGGCAGAGAAAGGUCAAGCUAUGGUUUGGCUCAGAGAAUUCAUCUGUAUGCAGACUGUAGCAUACUCAUCUGUGACUAUUUAGCUCAUGGAACGCUACAGGAUGUCAUAAACAGAUAUGCGGUCCAAGGGAAACCCAUGGAAGAAGUUUUAUGUAUUUAUUACACGAUAGAAAUGUUACACAUGGUUGAAACUUUGCAUGAUGUUGGCUUGAUUCAUGGUGAUUUCAAGCCUGAUAAUCUGCUUAUUCGCUAUGCUAGGGAUGACCUUACAGAAGAAGGGUUCUUGGACCGAAGUGGUCCUUGGUGUGAUCAGACUGGGGAAGAGGGAUUGUUCUGGAUCUCUUUCCAGAUGACAUAGUAUUUAAGGGUGAUUGCGGAACUUCUGGAUUUCGCUGCAUUGAGAUGCAAGAGGAUAAGCCAUGGAAAUUUCAGGCAAACCACUCCUUAAAACUACACUACAAAUGUAAUUAACUUCAUGAUUUACUGUCUUUGAAGUUGUUCUUCUCCAUCACUUACCAACAGGUAGACGCAUACGGCCUUUGCGUUGUUGUCCAUAUGAUGAUGCAUAAUUGCUAUAUGGAGAUUGCCAAAGAAGAAUCAUCUGAUGGAGGCUACAUGUAUCUUCCCAAACAACGCUUUAAACGGUAU